AUGAGAGUUCUUGCUGCUGCUGUGUCGCGCUCGUUUGUGCAGCGAAGAGGCUUUGCUAGCACGACGAGGAGACUGGACAACUAUGCCUUUGUCGGCUUGGGCCAGAUGGGCUACCAAAUGGCUAAGAACUUGCAGUCAAAGUUGCAGCCUGGUGACAGGAUAUCUAUCUUCGAUGUGAACCCGCAGUCAAUGCAGGGCCUUGAGGCCGAGAUGAAGGCGGCCUCGCAAGGGGCUGCUGUGGAGCUCGCAGCGAGCGCUUUCGACGCGUCAAAGGAUGCUGAUACUGUCGUUACUUGCCUUCCCGAGCCUCAACAUGUCAAGGGCGUGUUCGACUCCAUCCUCGUGGCUUCACUGCCCACCAAAGACCGUGUGUUCAUCGACUGCUCGACCAUCGAUCCUUCGACGUCCCAUGAGGUGGCCAAGGCUGUUUCUGCAGCAGGGCAGGGUCAGUUUGUGGACGCGCCCAUGUCCGGCGGCGUCGUCGGCGCCACAGCUGGGACGUUGACCUUCAUGCUGGGCGCUGCCGAAAAACUAAUCCCGCGCGUCGAAUCCACAUUGCUGCACAUGGGCAGAAAGGUCCUGCACUGCGGUGAACAAGGCGCGGGCUUGUCGGCCAAGCUGGCAAACAACUACUUGCUGGCCCUCAACAACAUUGCCACCGCCGAAGCGAUGAACCUUGGCAUGAAAUGGGGUCUCGACCCCAAGAAACUGGCUGGCGUCAUCAAUGUCAGCACAGGUCGUUGCUGGCCCAGCGAGAUCAACAACCCCGUAAAGGGUGUCGUUGAGACCGCGCCUGCUGGCCGUGACUACCGCGGUGGCUUCGGGAUUUCCUUGAUGAAGAAGGAUUUGCGUCUCGCCAUGGUCGCCGCGAAGGAGGCUGGUGCAGAGAUGAAGCUUGCCGACAAGGCCUUUGAAGUGUAUGAGGACGCCGAGAAGAAGGAGGAGUGUGCUGGCCGGGAUUUCUCGGUUGUGUACCGGUAUCUUGGCGGCAAGGAAGAGUGA